UAUAGUAGAGGUUAAGCUUCACCUUGGCUUUAGCUGGAAGCUUACAGGUUUUAUGGUUAACUUUUUGUAUUUGAACUCGCUCUUCCAAAGGCGCGAAUAGCGUAAAACAUAUGUUUGAAAUAACCGGAAUUUACUUCGGAAACUUGUAAAUUACAUUGAACCUCUAACUGAGUGAGUCGACGGAUUCUCAGACAACCUUACAAGACUUUGAUCACCAGUCAAAUUUGGUCCAUUUGUGUUUUUUUGUGAAUUUCAGUUCAGACUUUCUAUUGUCUUUGCCUUGUACUUCAUCUUUGGAUUGUUUUCAACUUAAAUUAUCAAAAUGAAUGAAAAUGAUAGUAACUCCAAUAAAACUACAAUAAAAGUGAAACUAUCUGAUGAUUAUCAAGAUAUUGUUAUUGACUGGAAUGCAAAGACAAGUGAUGAAAUUGGUGAAUCAAUAAUAGACCAGCUUUCAGCAUUCACAAGGAUACCAAGUGAAAAGAUUUCAUUUUUAACGUUUCUAAAGCCGUAUAAUGGAAAUCUUGGAAAUCAUUUUACGACCAUUGACCGUAUUGCUUAUUUACAUUAUUACUGGAACUCUUGUACUCGUAAGAUGGAAGAUAUUAGAGAUCAUUUCUUCACAGAUGGCGAUUGUUUCAUGCUCAAUACAAAUCUACUGCUGACCUUUGAUUUGGAUCAAACUUACGUUCAUUAUGUUUUAACGCAUCAAGAUUUAAUUGAUGAAACUGAAUGCAGCCGAUUUCUCUGCCAUCAUACAUGUAACAGAGCUUUUUUGGAUAAACAAGCUGAGAUAUGCAAUUCAGAUUUUGAUUCAUAUCUGCGCGACCAGCCUAGGCCAAUACGUCCAAUGAUUAUUGCCGAUGAAGAAUGGUUUAAUAUGGAAAGUCGAAAAAUUGAAAUUCUUGCCGAUUUUAAUUUUGCACAAUAUUUUGAUUCUUAUUGUUGCAGAUCUCGUCAUGUUUCUAUUCGUGCCAGUUAUAACCUACAAACUCGUAUUUACUCGCCAUGCCGUGGUUAACUCUGUUUGUAUCAGAUUGAAAUGUGUCGUCUUUCAUUUAAUCCCUUUUGUAGCAAAUAAAACAGAAAUAAAUUUUAUUUUACAUUUCUAACCUGAAGCUAGUUAUUUUUUUGCAAAACUAGAAAAGACUAGUCAAGC